AUGGUCCCCUGGAAGCUUUGUGAAGAACCUCAAAAUCUGCGAUCAACGGGUCCCAUGGAGUUGGGGAGGGUUACUAUUGUGGUGGCGGGACAUGACCCUUCCUCUAGUGGCAGCAUAGGUUCGCCGCCAUACAAGUCGUCGCCCCUACGGCCGCGACGACGAAAAGCCGACGGUAUGAACAGGGUACCACAGGAGCCUCCGGAUGGAGAUGUCAAUAAGGGCCAUAUCAUCAUCAUCUUAACAUGGACCGGGUUCAGCCUUUCGCUUCUUCUUGUGGCAGCCAGAGUGUGGACUCGGGUGCGAGUUGUUAGAGCAUUUGGCUGGGAUGAUGGCUUCAUUUUACUCGCCCUUGCAUGCGCUGUGGUUAAUGCUGCGAUGGUCACCACUAGUAUCGCACACGGUACUGGACGCCAUCAGUACUAUCUCACCAAAGAGGAAGCAAUGCAAGCAGAUAAAUAUAAUUGGAUUUCCCAAGGAUUCCACGUCGCAUCAACGAACUGGGCGAAAGUAUCUAUCAUGUUAUUCCUCCUUCGUAUCAUUGGCCAGGCAAAAUCCCGACAAGCACCCUAUUUCUAUGGAGGGAUGAUAUUUCUGUCCGUUGUCAACUUUGUCUGCAUAUACACCAUAUACGGUCAAUGCAUGCCGGUGCAAUCACUGUGGGAUCAUACUAUCAAGGGGAAGUGUUGGAACCCGCGUAUUCAGAGGGACUUUGCUUUCUUCACAGGAGCUGUAUCUGCCGCAUCGGAUCUCGCGCUCGCUAUAUAUCCGAUAUGUUUAAUUUCGUCGUUACAAAUGCCACUUCGGGUGAAACUUGCCCUUGCAACGAUCUUUGCGCUAGGUUUCGUUGCCGUGGGCGCCUCUAUCGUGAAAACGGUCUUCCUAUCACGCCUCUCUGCGCGCGCAGACUACUCAUGGAACACCAUCGACCUCGUUUUUUGGCUGUGCAUCGAGCAGUAUCUGAUCAUGAUUGCCGCAUGUAUACCCAUGCUUGGUCCUCUGGUUAAGCUCAUCCUCAGGGAAGCCACAUCUCGGAAUACAGGGUCGUCAGGGUCGUCUUCGUGGCCACGGAGUAUUAUGCGAAAGAUACCUACUAAACGAAAACCCAGACCCUAUUGGGCGACAGACACGAGUUUGUAUGCGACCCGAGAAGAAGGAACAAUAUACGGAGUGAAUCCUGGGAUGAAGACACGAUGCUACCCACUCAAUUCCUACCACAGUGGUAUUGAGCCGCAGGCAACUGCUGAGAGUCAAGAGGCUAUUAUCCCGGGCUCGAAUGGCCAAAGGGAUGCUAUUGUCAAAGUUAGCGAGGUGCAUGUUAAGAUCGAAAAUCUGGAGGUUGAUACGAAGUCAGAGCCUUCUCCGUGUUAA